CGGCCGGGCUUGGGAUCGGGAUCCCCGCCCCCCGCGCUGCCAUGGGAGCCCCCUGUCCGGGGCCGGGGGCCGGGUCCCGCGCUGCCAUCGGGGCCCCUGUCCGGGGCCGGGUGCUGGGGUCAGCCCCGCGCUGCCAUCGGGGCCCCUGUCCAGAGCCGGGUGCUGGUGUCGGGGCCCUGCGCUGCCCAUCCACACCAACGCCAUCACGCCUGGGGCUGCCCGGGGCCAGGGGAGGUUGACCCCCUGUGCAGGAGCAUCGUGGCAACAGCCUUGCCUGCAGAGGAGAAGCCUGAGGGGCCCUGGGGUGGGAAACCGACCUCACCCCCAUCCUCCUCCUUCCCCGCUGACCUCCAGGCUUUCCUCCAGAUCAUCCCACCCUGCCAGGCGGGCUGGGCCCCGCGGAGCAAGGUCACUAGGAAGUUUCUAAGCAAACUUCUCAUCCCGGGCGCCCAGAGGUGGCCCCUGCAGCUCCCAGGACAAAGGAGGCGAGUGAAGAGAGUGCAGGGAGCUCCGGAGGAGCCCGGCUUUGGUCCACCACUGUGAAGAGCCUGGUUGCAUGUGCCAGCUGUCAGUAAUUGAUUAUACUGGCAGUGCCAGCACGGCGGGCCUGGGGCUCACCUAAGCAUGACGGAUCGGCCUGUAGGAGAGCCUAGAAAGAAGCAGAUGGGAACUUCCUGAAGGGAAGGGCAUAUAGGAGACUAGAUAUGGGGAGCCCAUAUCAUGUGGGUGCUGUGUCAGAGCUGGUGGGGUCAUGGCCGGGACAGCCAGUGCUAAGAGACUUGCUCUUUCAGGGGCUGGUGACCUUCAAGGAGGAGGCGGUGUGUUUCACUGAGGGGCAGCAAGCGUGCUAAUCUGGAUCCAAGGGACGACAUGCAGGAGAACUACGAGAAUGUGAUCUCGCUGGCGGAGGAGAUUGCAAUCAGCUGGCCCCGAAUAACUGCCUUUGCAGAGUCGCACAGGAGAAGAGGACUGGUCUCUGUUUCCUUUCCCAGACCCAGGGAGUUACUGGAUUCUCUCGUUGUUCCAGCAGAUGAUGGGAUGGUGAGUGAAAAUGAAGAGGAAGAUGCUCAGCAGAGAGACCUUGAGAAGGUGGAAGCCCAAGGGACAUUGCCGGGCAAAUCCAAGGGAAGCACCCCCCAGAGUACUGAUGGUGUGAAGUCCACUGAGAGCCCAGUCAAGUCAGAAGGGCAGCCAAAGAAACCCCCUGGUAAGAAACAGAACAAAUCUGCCCACCGCGGCUUUAAAAAGUUUCACCAGCGGAGUCUGCUGGGGCAUAAUCGUUGCCAUGACUGUGGCAAGAGCCUGGGCUUUGGCUCUUCCUUCAACAAACGGCUGCGCAGCACAGAAAAGCCCUACAAGUGCAACGAGUGUGGCAAAUGCUUCCGGCUCAGCUCCACCCUCAUCACUCAUCAGCGCCGGCAUGCUGGGGACAAGCCGUACAAGUGCGCUGACUGUGGCAAGAGCUUCAGUGUCGGCUCAGCCUUCAUCCAGCACCAGCGUGUCCAUGCUGGCAGCGUCAAGCCCUGCCAGUGCAACAUCUGUGGCAAGAGCUUCAGCACCAGCACCAGCCUGGUCAAGCACCAGAAGCUGCACCUGGAGGAGAAGCCCUACAAGUGUGAUGAGUGUGGCAAAGGUUUCAACUGGAACUCGCACCUGGAGCGGCACCGGCGCAUCCAUACGGGUGAAAAGCCGUACACCUGCCCUGAGUGUGGGAAGAGCUUCAGCUGGAGCUCGCACCUGGACCGGCACCGUCGCACCCACACAGGUGGGGAGAAGGCCUGCAAGUGCACUGACUGUGGACGCUGCUUCGCUCCCCGUGGCACAGAUGGUGCUAGACCCCAGCGCGGGGUAGGAACAGGAACAGAGAAACCCUACCAGUGUUCUGAAUGCGGUCGGGGUUUCAACAAGAGUGCGACACUGGCCAAGCACCAGCGUGUGCAUGCCACUGAGAAGCCCUACAAAUGUGACCAGUGCGGCAAGAGCUUUGGGCUGAGCGCCUCAUUGCUGCAGCACCAGCGCAGCCAUGCAGCUGGCAAGCCCUACCAGUGCAGUGAUUGCGGCAAGAGCUUUGCCUGGAGUUCCCAUUUGGACCGACACCGGCGUAUCCACAUGGGAGAGAAGCCUUUCCGCUGUGAGGACUGUGGCAAGAGUUUCUCCCAGAGCUCGCACUUGGAGCGGCACCAGCGGGUGCACCUGGGCUCAGAGCAGCCCUGCCAGUGCACUGACUGUGGAAAGAGCUUCUUGGCCAGUGCUAAGCGUCGUCGGCUGCUGACUGGGGAGCGCCCCUGCAAGUGCACUGACUGUGGGAAGAGCUUCCUGUGGAGCUCCCGAGCCAGGCCCCCCCCCGCAACAGAAAGGACCCACAAGUGCACAGAGUGCGGGAAGAGCUUCACCUACCGGGCAGAGAAUGUCAAGCACCAAGGCACUCAGACCGGUGAGAAGCCUUACACAUGCCCCGAGUGUGGGAAGAGCUUUGGGCAGAACUCAGCGCUGGUGAAGCACCGGCGCAUGCACACUGGCGAGAAACCCUACAAGUGCGGGGACUGCGGGAAGAGCUUCAGUGUCCGCUCCAACCUCAUCAAACACCAGCGCACGCACCUGGGCGAGAAGCCCUACAAGUGUCCUGAUUGUGGCAAAGGCUUCAUCCAGAAGUCGGACCUGACCAAGCAUCGGCGCAUGCACACUGGGGAGAAGCCGUACAAGUGCAAUGUCUGUGGGAAGUGCUUCAGUGUCAGCUCCAACCUCAUCAAGCACCAGCGCAUCCACCUGGGCGAGAAGCCCUACCAGUGCACUGACUGCGGGAAGAGCUUCAUCCAGCGCUCAGAGCUGACCAUCCACCAGCGCGUCCACACUGGGGAGAAGCCCUACAAGUGCCCUGAGUUGUAAGCUCCUUGGAGCAGGGACCAUGUCAUCUUCUGUGUUCUGUAGAGCACUGAGCAUAUUAUACCUGCUCAGCAUAUAAUAAACAGACCCUGUAAGUGCCCUGGCUGUGGGGAAAAAACGUAUGGCACAGGAGAGAUUCCACACAAGAGAGGAAACCCUUGUAUGAUUGCUAACUGUGAGUGGAAUUUGGACCUUGUGACACAGAGAAAAUGCUUUGGACAGAAAGUCUUAUAAACACCCUGACUGUGGAGAAAAGCUUUGAUCAGAGCUGACACCUUGAUACAAACAGAGACUCUGCACUGGAGACGAACGCUGUAGAUGCCCUGGUGAGGGCUGGCUGAAAUGGGUAUCAGUAUCUGGCUGCCUGUCUCUGGGGUCCAGGGCGACAACACCAGGCAGAGGAGGAGACACUUUGAUCAGCUCGUCCUCAUUGCUACAGCCCCAGCUGCUGCCAUCCAGGUAGAGAGACAGAGAACAAGCUGACACUUAUCUUCCCCUAGGUUGAAGGUCCUCUUCCCGUGUUUGACAACCAGUGCUGCCCCUCCCUGCACUUCGAGGAAGGGAAUAGAGGUACACUGCCCUCUGCUUCCUUUGGAUCCUGGAAGCAGGUGACUUAUCUGGGUUCCCUGUUCCACUUUCUCAAGGGAUCUGAGUGACACUGGCCCCUGUUUCUCCUAUUCCAGUUGCCUGUUUCUGGAGUGAUGCAGAGGAGGAUGACUGAUUGCCUUGCAACCUCCUGCCACCCGCAUUCUUCUAAGACACCUGGCAGUCUCUUUAUGGUCUCACUGGACCAAAGGGAAAACCAUUGCCUUAUAAAGAGGGGGAUGUGGAUGGAAGGUGGAGGGAGCUGAAAAUGGGAAAUCAAGUGUUUGGGGAUGGAGAAUAUGGGAGCUGGAGUGAGAAGAGUGAAGGAAUAGUGGGGGUAGAGAUAGGAUCAAGUGUAUGAUGAUGGGAAUAUAUGGAUGGGCUGAGGGGAAAUGGUGGAAGAUGUUGGGAGGUUAUAUAGUAGGAGGGGAAAAGGUUAAGAAGCUGCUCCUAAGUCAUUUUCCCUCUCCUCAUCCCAGCCCCACUCUCCUUCCUACCUCCCAGUUCCAUUUUCUUCCCCUUUGUCCUGUCUCCUUUUCAGGCCAUACUUGAGAGAGUCCCCUUAGCAGUAACUCAAAGACAGAAGGUAAAACAAGAAACUCCUAGAGCAGAGUUACAAGGGACCUACGGGGACCAGCCCAUCCAGCACAGGAAAUGUGGGGAAUCGGGCAUUUCAGGAUAGAAAUAACAUAAGGGAAGAGGACAUGGAGGUGAGACCUUGUUGCAUGAGUAAUGCCCAUGAAAGCACAAGUCUAUUCAUGGAGAAAAUUUUAGUGUGGUAUGUAGAACUUGUUGCUGAAGAAGAUUACUAGGGCAAACAAUUUGGCCAAGGCACUUCCAAGCUCCACAGCACAGCUGGGGGCCUGUAUUGCAAUCUUUCGUGACAGAGAGCUCAGUUUCUCCUCCAAGAGUCAUCUGCCUUGAUUCUAAAGGGAACAGCACACAGGGAUGACUUCCAUUUGUGUUAAUGUCCCCUAGGAUCAGAAAUAUACGUCGUGCCAGUCCCAGUCCUGUUUCAGGUCGUACCCUCUUGGACGUGGGUCUUUGCAUUGUUCGAGAAGGGACCUGGGGAGACAAGUAACUUCAGCCAGGCUGAUACUCUUUGACAAGGUCAGAGGGAAAAGAAAAGCCUGGUGCUCUUCCAGGCCCCUCAUCUAUCACAGUGACCUGGGUGGGGAUGGCAGAACCUUAAACACAGACUGCCUCUGCUGUACUCCCGCAUCUCCAGGGACAACCCUGAGGGGAUAAAAGCCUCAGCUGGAAUUGAAGAUGGUGGAACCUGACCCUUGCGUGAAAGCAGUGGCUGGAAGAUGAGUGGUUAAUGCUAUGAUAUUAGACAGCAAUUACUUAAUUACAAUUUAAAUGAGAUUUAUAUAUUUUCUAGUAUCUAUUCAUUUGCUUUUGUAACUGGCUCCCACUGUCUUUCUCUCCAGUUGCCUGUACUUUCAGAUCAGCUUGGAAAUGUUGUUUUACUGCUUGUGACCAGCAACGUGCUUGUUUGUUUUUUGAAAUGCAAUGUACUGGAUUGGACUUUUUGUGCAUUGACUUGUUAUGAUGGCUCACUUUUUUUUAUUCUUUUUUUUUUUGAUGAGUAGUAAUAAAUUAGAACUUAGUUAUCCCAACAGCACAGUGUCUUGGAUGCUUUCAGAGGAAAGGACAGGAAGAAAAAUUGACUGUUACCAAUGUGACAGUGUCUUCUACAACAUUUCUUUUUCAGUUACCAGUGAACUAAGGAGAAGAGAAGCAAAAGAAGAUUUUUAAAAGCACUUAAGAGAAUUAAGAACCUAACAUUCAAUAGGAUUUAGACACCUAAAUCCCAGACAGAAUUGUAAAGAUAAAUUAUCAGUAUUACCAACUGAAGCAGAUCAAAAUCAAUGAGUUGGGCUCAAAAAUUGGGAGAUUAAACAAAUAUGAUACUUUCUCUUUGAAUUGGGUUUCUGAGCCUUUGGGUGCACUGAAGUCGCACUCUGAAGUUUUUCUUUGCCAACACAAAGGUAUAAAGCUUUCAUUUUUUUUAAUGAAAGCUGAUAUUCUCACAUAUUCAGAUUGUUCCAAUAUUUGGAAAAAAGUACCUAAGAGUAAAUCUUCAGAGACAUAUUCUCAUCUAGAUGUGAACCACGCAGCCCAGGCGUCAACACCGAAAACCUGUAUGAAACUCAGUAUCUGCAGUAGCAUACUUUGUGAAACAGAUCUGUUGUAGGGACAGUCAGCUACAUUUGCCAGCUACACACUCAUGUAAACCAUAUCCAGUGGGUAAGAGCUCUUGGCUGUAGUACCUGGUGUAGAGGGGCUCCACUAGUAUGCCUAUAGUCAGUCUGUAAUAGUGCAUUCAGUGAGCCAGCUUUAAGAGGAGGGCAGGGGUGCUUCAGGUAAGGUGUAGCCUGUGGCGUGGUGUUUCAAAACACUUUGUUGGAAGCAUGAAGUACAGGAUCAAAUCCCUCUCUGGGUGAGGAAGGCCUGAAACCUGGGCAAGUGCCCUAAUCCCUGGGCCUAUAAAAUGGUGCUUUUUUUCUUUCACCACCAUUUCACUUCAGGCAGGUGUAUGCAUACCUGAGCAGUUCUGUCCCAUCACAAGUACAAACUGGAUGCAUCUACACGUGGAAUUAACACAAAGCAAUAAACUCUGGAACAGUUUGAGCCAGAGUAAACCAUUCUCAGGCACAGGUAAGCCUGGGACAGCAGCAACUGGGAGAGGAUGGGUGUCAGUCCUGGGCUCUG